GUUCCUGUGCUCGGAAAGGUCAGGAUUGUGCAAGCCGCUUCCUUCCCUUCCUUGGGAUGCGCUGGCUCCUCCUCCCCGCCCCAUAGAAAGGGGCCAGGAUCCAACGGGAACGGCUCCGAGAUGCAGCCGGGAGACGCCUUGGAGGAGCUGGAGCUGGGGGAGCAGGAGCAGGAAGCCCCUAAAGGAGCCUUGCUUCCUGAUCGAGCCAUUGCUUUGCUCUCCGUGCUCCUGGCCCUCUCCUUUGUGCUCCUCAUGGCUCUGAGCAUCGUGAACUUCCGGAGAGUAUCCAUGGCAUGGGAAGCAUUGGAAGAGGCUCGGAUGCGGGAUGAGAGCAGCCACGCAGCGGCAUGGCUCAACCUCUCGCAGGUCCAGCACGCUCUCGACAAGCAGCUCUCCAAGGAGGCCAAGGCCGUUCGCAUCCAACUCCUCAAUGUGUCUCAGGAGGUGGAGAAGAUGCAGGGGAGGAUGGCGCAGUGUGAAGCGGGAUGCGGGAAGGAGCUCUUGGGUCGCCUCCAAGACCUGGAGGCAAGGAAUGCGCUGGAGCCGGUGCUGCAGGAGCUGGAGGAGGUGAAGCGGGAGCUCUCCGUGGUGCUGGAGGAGACGCGCGGCCUCUCGAGAAUCCUGUGCCCCACGUGUCCCCCCGGGUGGCUGCAGUUCGCCAGGACCUGCUACUUCUUCUCCAGCACCACCAAAUCCUGGUUGGAAGCCAAGGAAUUCUGUGGGGACCUCAAUGGGCACUUGGCCACCGUCAGCUCCGAGCAGGAGAAUAAAUUCCUGGCAAAUCACGUCAUGGAGAACCGGAUCUUCUGGCUGGGGCUGACGGAUUCCUCCAGGGAAGGCCAUUGGCAAUGGGAGGACGGGAGCUCCCUCUCCGUCUCCUUCUGGAAUAGCGGCGAGCCCAACAACGUGGGGGAGCACGGGGAGGAUUGUGCCACCAUCUUCUCCAAUGGGCGCUGGAAUGAUGUGUCCUGCUCCAACAAGGAAGCUUGGAUCUGCGAGCGCUCUUGUUGAUGCCCCCCCUUCCAAAAGGAUCCAAAUGGGGGGGGGGGGGAACCAGGAAAAACA